AUGGCUUCGCCCGUCGUCGAUAUCGAUCCGUAUGGAGAAGUAUUCAUCGUCAUCCCCACUGCCGUGACGCGUCCCCAAGCUGGCUUAGCAAACGAAGAGAUUAUCGCACCUUUGGAGAGUGUGGAAGGCCAAGAUAGAAAUUCUCUGCCUGCCGAUCGUUCUGAGAAUGAUGAUUCUGACAAAGUACGUGCCAAGAAGAUGUAUGGAAUAAACUGCAAAGAGUCAACGCCGGACGAGAACGGAAAUUUCCAUUGGCAUUUCGAGCCGAUAUUUAAUCGUCAGGCCUUUGAGAUGGUAAUGGACAUCAUACAUGGACAAACACAUAAGACUCCAGACAGAGUGAGCCUUGACAUGAUGGCCGACGUAGCCGCCAUCACAGACGACUUGCAGUGUCAUAAUGCCGUCAAAUUCGUCGCCAAUGCCUGGAUGGAUCGACUCCAAGCGUCCCCGCCGAAAAAGAUAUGCUCAGAUCUCUACAAAUGGAUUCUUAUUGCAUGGGUCUUUGAUCAGCCUGAUCUUUUCCAAUCAACCACGCGUCUGGCAAUCAUGGAAUGUACUGGCACCCUAUCUCCAGAAGCCGUCGAAUCAAUGAGGGUAGAGCUACUCAGUGAAUUAAUUGCAGGGGUAGAAAGAAUGAUAGAUGACCUUAGUCGGGGCCAUUCCACUUGCACAUUUGAGUGCCGAUCCAUGUGGCUCGGAGCAUUGAUUCAAGAGAUGCGUUCAAAUGGCUUAUCUUCGCCUGACCCGUCUGAACUAAAGCAGGACCUCUCUCUGACUACCACAUUGGGAAUCAUACGCAACUUUCAAUCACCAGUGAUCUUCUCGCCACGAUCUAAAUUUGCCGAUGUCGCUGAUGGGUACGAAAAUCAUGAUCCAAACACGCUAUGGAAACUGCAGUGGGGUCUCGACGAAGAUAACUAUGGAUAUUCCUUCUCCAAAAAGAGCAAAAUACAUAAGAAGGCUGCCUCAUCCACUUCAUUCCACAUGCCAGAGUGGAACAAUAUGGGACCAACUCCACGUCCGCAACCUACCACACUCAUGGUCAAGUCGAGAUACGACGCACACCCUCCGAUACAACCCGCGACGCCACGCGGCAAGAAAGCCACCCGGCACACGAAUAAGUGUGCAAACUGCCGGAUUUCGUUCCCCGAGGCUUUUGAUGUGCGCGCUAUCACGGUGCACAAAGCACAAGGAUUGACGCUGAAACAAGUGGUCUUGAACCUGGAUCGGAGGGAUCAUGCGCCAGGAUUGUCGUACGUUGCCAUAUCUCGAGUUAAGAAACUCUCUUCCAUCAUGUUUGAGACGCCGUUCGAUCUAAGUCGAUUCACAACCAAAGUGACCACUGAGCUCGAACAUGAAGGAUAG